CAGCACAGUCCCCAGUGCGCAGACUCGUGAUUGUGUUGAGCAGAGCUAGCGGGCUCGUCGUCGUUCGUGUUUUGUUGGGUUUUUGUCCACGGAGCAGCAGCGGGAGAGUUAAUAAAGCUGGAAGAUAGAAAGAGCAGCAGUUGGUGAACUGUGGAAAGAAGAGAAACGGCUUGAAGCUCAGCUGGAACUGCUCAGGAAGUGUUAAAGGAAAGUUUGGAGAGAGAAAAGCUAGCAGAGAUGUGGAGACAGCAGGUCAAGCAGCGACUGGAUGCAGCAGAGGAGCAGAGACACCACAUCCUGGAUGCUGCUUUCAGCCCCGAAGAUUCCGAUAUUCAAUUAAUGCUGCUGGUUGAAGAAGAUAAUCCUAAAGAGCAGAGUUCUGAUGUGGAGCAGCAGGAUUCAGAGCCCGUCCACAUAAAGGAGGAGCAGGAAGACCUCUGGAGCAGUCUGGAGGAAGAUCACGUGGAUGAGGAGAACGAUGACACAAUAUUCCCGUUAAAUAUAGUCAUAGUGAAGUGUGAAAACGACGAUGAUGAUGAGGAUGAAGAAGGGAAACCUUUGUUCUCACAUGUUCAGCAAACUGAGAACGAAGAUCUUCCAAGCAGCAGCAGCAGCUCAGCUGAAAAGAAGAAAGCUGAAACUGAUGAAGAGGACUGUGGAGCAGCAGGAUGCAGCAGGAAGUACGACCCAAAGACUCGUGGAGACGCUUCCAACUCUUCAGAGACGGAGGAAAGUGAGGAAUAUAAUGGAUCCAAGCAUCCUGACUCUGCGCUCAAACCCCUGUCUGAGUCUGAGUCUGACUCUAAAGACGCCGACAAUGACUGGGCUGCUGGCUCAGGUGCAGACCGUGCUAACAAGCGUUGGAGCUGCACGGAGUGCGGCAACCAGUUUGCUAGCAAGCGUUCUCUUCAGAGACACAUGGCGUGUCAUUCCAUCAUUCGGUCUUUAAACUGCUCAGCCAGUAACAAAAGUGUCAGGAAGCAGAAAAACGUAAACUCGCCAAAGAAAGUUCCCACAGCUGUGAAAUAUUUCAGUUGUGACUGCGGGAAAAGUUUCACCAGAAGAACCGACCUAAAGAUCCACAUGAGAAUCCACACAGGAGAGAAACCUUUUUGUUGCGACGUCUGUGGACAAAGGUUCAACCAGCAGGCGCAUUUAAACCAACAUACUAGAAUCCACACCGGAGACAAACCCUUUUGUUGUGAUGUUUGUGGGAAAAGAUUCAGCCAGAAGGCCCAUUUAAACCGGCACACGACCAGCCACUCCGGGGAGAAACCCUUUGAGUGUGACGUCUGUGGACAGAGGUACAGCCAGCAGGCCAACUUAAACAAGCACCGAAGGAGCCACACGGGAGAAAAACCCUUCGGAUGUGAUUUAUGUGGACAGCGAUUUAGCCACAAAGAGUCGCACAAAAUCCACAUGAGGCUGCACUCGGGAGAGAAACCGUUUGGCUGUGAUGUUUGUGGACAGAGGUUUAGUCAUAAGGAGUCCCAUAAAAUCCACAUGAGAACGCAUACAGGGCUGAAACCUUUCAGCUGUGAGGUUUGUGGACAAAGGUUCGGCUACAAGUCCAAUUUAAAAAUACACAUGAGACUCCACACUGGAGAGAAACCGUUUUCCUGUGAUCUCUGUGGACAGAGGUUCAUCCAAAAGGCAAAUCUGGACAAACACACAAGAGGCCACAUGGAAGGGAGAGGUGUUUUACUCUGAAUGCCCCUGAGCUCCCUCCCACUGCAGUCUGCAGAGUUCAGCUGGGAUAGUUUCUGUUUAAACUCUGCAGCUUUCACUCUGCAUUUCUGUCCCUGAAACAAGUUUAUUCGCUGCUUUUAAGUAAAGCUCUUGAAGUAAUUGUUCUCAUUUAUAUUUUAGCUGGUUAGACAGCUACGAGCUGAUGUCCACAAAGUUCUCUACAUCCUCCAGUUUUAAAUGGCGGCUUUAAAUGUAUUAAGUAUGGAUUCUAAAUUGAUUAUUUCUCUAAUAAUAAUCAGAUGAUUUGACAUUAAAGAGCUCUAAGUAAUGCU